UCGAACCUGUGGGUUCGGAGGGUGUUUGUGUGAGAGGAAAAUCGGCGAUUUGGAUGUGUUAACAGGGUGAUGUAGUAGUGGUGCAAGCGUUAUGAUUUUGCAGUCUAUCGGAGACACGAACCGAGGGGUCUUAUCACCGGAACACUAGUGAGGACGCACCCAGCUGGCUUUUUAGACAGUUCUCCAAUAGUGGAUGUUUACAAUUAAAUUGAUCGGCAAUUUUGUUGUAAAAUUACAGCACAUCGUUUAAUUUAGUAUCUGUUUCCAAUUUAAAUUUGGAAUCUUGAACAUUGUACUUUAGGAUUUGUAUACCGUAGACUCUGAUUAUAUCGACCCCGUUCAAGAAGUACUGUCAUCUCACAAUUAUGAAUCAACUAAGACUAACUUUUUAGAAGAAAAAAUGGUUGAAAGUCAUGGUGAUGCUCUACACAACCGACACUGCAGAAUAUAAUGUCGUACAACUCGUUUCAGAACACCAAAAAACUACCGGAAACAAUGUCCUCCUCUAACGAUGUAUCCUCCGUACUGACAACUUACACGAAAUGCAUCAACUUCGCAGCUGUCAAACAUCGCAAUCAACGCCGACUAGAUUCGGACAAGACACCGUACAUCAACCAUCCUAUCGGGGUGGCACAAAUCCUAACGGCCGAGGGUGACAUCACCGAUUUCGAAGUCAUCCAGGCGGCCAUUUUGCACGACACUGUGGAAGACACCGAUACGACGUUUGAGGAAUUGGAACGUGAGUUCGGAUACGCGGUGCGGCGAUUGGUGGAAGAGGUAACGGACGACAAAACGCUCCCCAAAGCCGAGCGGAAGCGGCUGCAGAUCGAGCACGCUGCUGGGACUAGUCCACAAGCGAAGCUGGUCAAGCUGGCGGACAAGAUCUAUAAUCUGAGGGAUCUGCAGCGGUGUAGGCCGGAGGGGUGGACUGAGGAGCGCUGUCGGGAUUACUUUACGUGGGCCAAGCGCGUUUGCGAGGGUCUGAGGGGGACCAAUCAAGCGUUGGAGGGCAUUCUUGACGAGAUAUUCAAACAGGAAGGGGUAGAAUAGUUUUGAGUCUUUAUUGAUUGGAAUAAAUGAGGUUAGGUUUUACGAA